AUGCAUAAACAUUUAGAAGUUCGUGAAAAUCGACGCAUAAACCUAUUGGCUGAAAACAAAGUGUGACCGUAUUUAGAAAAUCAAAUCAGAACGUUGGGCAACACAAUGUUUACUAAAUGACCGCGCGUAUAACAAAAACUGUAUUUAAAUUUAAUUUAAUAAGAAAUUAUGCAGCUAUGCUUAAUGCGAAGCUAUGCCAGCAGAGCCAACCGGGAGCACUAUGCCAGCAGUAGCAUCAAGAUCUUUCGUAAAUUAAAACCAUCAAACGCAAGGGUAAACAAACCGGAUCAACCGGCAAAUCUGGAGACACCAGCAGAGUAUGCCGAAAAUUUGGUAAAAGUACAGAUGAUCUCGAGGAAUCUACAUGCUCAACUCUUUCCUCAAUGUCCAAGGAGCACUUCCGAGCAGCAGGUUGCCUCAGGGAAACUCUACCAAAAAGAACUGCGCCGCCAUGGAGUCGAUUUUGAGAACAGUACUUCGGUGCAGGACGUCCAUUUAAGGCUUCCAUCGCUCAGGGGCAGGGACAUUGAGGAGCACUUUCACAAUAUAGCCAAGGAGCAAGUAGAGCCGUACGAGAAUCUGUUGAUGCCCCUAGUGAAGUGCGAGAAGCUUCCAAACAGGCCGAAACGGUGGGAACUUUUCGCUGGCUGGACUGCCUACGAUCCUGUUGAUGGUGCACCCACUCCAGUGGAUCACCCACUGGAGAAGGGGUUAAUAUUUGAUGUGGAGGUGUGCGUUAAUGAAGGACCAACACCUGUUUUAGCCACCGCAGUCAGCUCGGAGCGAUGGUACUCCUGGGUUAGCCCAAAGCUUACCAAACACCGUCUGAAAAUCGUAGACACGGAACCCCUAGAUAUAGACAAAGACUCUGAGCGACCUCAUUAUAGGCCCGACGAGCUAAUACCUUUGGGAACUGACGGGCCCGGUCUGGUGGUUGGACAUAACGUCUCCUAUGACAGAGCCCGACUUAAGGAGCAGUAUUUGAUCGAAGACACGGGAACCCGCUUUUUGGACACCAUGUCGCUGCACGUGUGUGUUAGUGGGGUGACCAGCUACCAACGAGCCAUGCUGACGUCAAAAAAAGAGCCCGCUCCCGAGGACCUAGGCUGGCUGGAUAAAAGCUCACUAAACAGCUUAGUGGAGGUGCAUCGCCUUUAUUGCGGUGGUAGUCCGCUUUCGAAAGAGCCCAGAAACAUCUUUGUUGAGGGAACACUGGAACAAGUGCGUCAACACUUUCAAUCGCUGGUCAACUAUUGUGCCGGCGAUGUAGAAGCUACCCAUCGUGUGCUUCGGGUUUUGUAUCCUUUGUAUGCAGAACGCUUUCCACAUCCUGCAUCCUUAGCGGGAAUGUUGGAAAUGGGCUCUGCCUAUUUGCCAGUCAACUCAAACUGGGAACGUUAUAUACGAGAAUCGCAGCUGACCUACGAGGAUCUUAACAUUGAGGCGAAACACCAUUUGGGCCGUCGAGCAGAGGAAGCCUGCUCCCUGCUUCUGGACGAACAGUACCGUAAAAAUCUCUGGUUAUGGGACGAAGACUGGUCCGUUCAAGAGCUGAAGCUAAAACAGCCGCCCAAGCAAAAACCUUUGCCAACAGAGGAGCAGCCCGAUAACGGCUCUUCAGCUGAGCAGCGUCGCCUGCAGACCAAAUUUCAGUACCUGUACGAUCAGAGGAGUCUACUACCGGCACGGCGGCCCUUGCUUCCAGGAUAUCCUUUAUGGUAUCGUAAGCUCUGCCAAAAGCCACCAAAAAAUAGUAGCCCCGAUGACGAAGUUUUAGAAAGUGAAGAGGAACCGUGGUCUCCUGGACCUACCGAGAUCAGCACCGGCAUGCAAAUAGCUCCAAAGCUGUUGUCCCUUUGCUGGGAGGGGUAUCCACUACACUACGAAAGAGAACACGGCUGGGGCUUCCUAGUUCCUUUUCGCAGCGAAGGAUUGGGGAAUGAACGGCUGCCCAUUGAGCAACUAUUAGAACGUUGCGCAGUUCCGGAGUAUGCUCGUCAAAAUGCGUCAAAAAGGGAGAGCGAAUUCGCAAUGGAUAUGCUUUCCGAUCAACUGCAAUACCAUUUAGGCAAACAAGACUACAAAAAGAAACUCUCGCAAAAACAGCAGCGUUUGGAGACGCAGUAUCAAGGCUCUGGAGUGUGGUGCAACAAAGUUUUAGAUGAUUGCUGCUUUUUUCUUAAACUACCGCACAAAAAUGGGCCUAGCUUCCGGGUGGGCAACCCAUUGUCGAGGGACUUCCUCAACAAGUUUUCGGAGAACAUUCUCAGCAGCGGUGAUCCCUCAUGUAAUGCAGCGGCUCGCGUUAUCGAGAUAGCUCGCAUGAUGUCCUAUUGGCGCAACAAUAGAGAUCGCAUAACAGGCCAGAUGGUAGUCUGGUUGGAGCCUGAACAGUUGCCACCGGAUGUGGCCAAGAUCAGAGCCUAUGGAGCCAUUUGUCCCCAAGUUGUAACCUGCGGCACAUUGACACGUCGUGCUAUGGAGCCUACUUGGAUGACUGCAUCCAACUCCCGGCCGGAUCGUUUGGGAUCUGAGCUGCGUUCAAUGGUACAGGCACCGCCCGGUUACAAAUUGGUGGGUGCCGAUGUGGACUCACAAGAACUGUGGAUAGCUUCAGUCCUGGGCGAUGCUUAUGCCUGCGGUGAGCACGGAGCCACGCCCCUUGGCUGGAUGACCCUAAGUGGAAGCAAGUCGAAUGGCAGCGACAUGCACUCAAUCACCGCCAAGGCAGUUGGCAUUUCACGCGAUCACGCCAAAGUAAUCAACUACGCCCGUAUAUACGGAGCUGGACAGCAGUUUGCCGAGACUUUGCUCCGCCAGUUUAAUCCCACCUUCAGUGCUUCAGAGGCCAAGGCCAAGGCAAUGAAGAUGUUUGCCAUCACCAAGGGUAAACGGGAGUAUCGCCUCCGCGAAGAGUUCCAUGAUGAACUGGAGGACAGAGCUUACAGCAGUUACGAGGCUUCGCGAUUGGCCAUUCAGCGAAAUCGGACCAUAGCCGAGGUUUUUCAUCGCCCCAUCUGGCGGGGCGGCACCGAAAGUGCUAUGUUCAAUCGACUGGAAGACAUUGCCACGCAACGGCAUCCACAAACACCGUUCCUAGGAGGUCGUCUGAGCCGCGCCUUGGAAGCUGAUUCAGAUCCGAAGCAGGAGCAGCGGUUCCUGCCCACUCGCAUCAACUGGGUUGUGCAAAGUGGAGCCGUGGACUUUCUGCACCUGAUGCUGGUCAGUAUGCGAUGGCUCAUGGGGUCCCAUGUGCGCUUCUGUCUGAGCUUCCACGAUGAGCUGCGCUACCUGGUUAAGGAGGAAGUGGCCUACAAAGCGGCACUGGCCAUGCACAUCACGAAUCUAAUGACCCGGUCCUAUUGUGUAUCUCGGAUCGGCCUCAAAGACCUUCCCAUGUCGGUGGCCUUUUUUUCAUCCGUUGAGGUGGACACUGUUUUGCGGAAAGAGUGUACAAUGGACUGCAAAACUCCCUCCAAUCCGCACGGCCUUCACAUCGGGUAUGGGAUUAAACCUGGUCAGAGCCUGAGCAUCGCUGAGGCAAUAGAUAGCGCAGGUGGCAACGAUGUCAGUAAGUGGCCAUGGAUCAGGCAGGGAUCUACCCGACGAGUUUAAGCUACAUACUGACAAUAAAAUGUGUUAU